AUGAGACUGAGCAGAAUUUUUAAUAGUCAAAAUACAGCGGAAUUAAUAAAAGUUUUAGAUCAACAACCACGUCAACAAUCAGGAGCCCUUGUUGUAACAGCAGCUACCGGUCAACAUCGUCAAGAAAUAACAAAACGCGGUAACGUAGCAUACAAUAAAGAUAUUCCACCACCUGUAUCUGGGUUAGAUACGGCAGUUAGAACAGAUUAUGAAACAAAAAUUGAUUGUACAAUAACAGAUGUAAUGAAAGAAAUAAUGGCACGAUUGGGUUCGACACAUAUUCAUGUAGAUGAACAUGUUAAAGAUCAACAAAGACGAAUAACGGAUGAAACAAAUUUGGUUAUUCAACAUAUAAUAACUGAUCAGCAUAAUGAACAAAGCCGUUUAUUAAAACAUAUUAAUAACAAACAAAAUGCAGUGGAAGAAAGGUAUCAACAAUUAGUAGAACAAGAAAUUGAAAGAUUAGAUAAAGAAAAACAUAGUCAAUUAGAUAGUUUACAAGAGGAAUUAAAUAAAAGCAAAGAAGAUAUAAUAAAAACUUCAGAACAUAAAUUGGGGUCUUUGAAUCACCAAGCACAACAAACAAAAAUGUUUAUUCUUCAACAAGCUCUAGAAGCAGCUAACAUUAAAAUGAAUAAAUUACACAGAGAAGUACAAGGUGUUUCAAUCGAUGAUCGGCUACAUCAAAUGCAAAGUACAGUUGAUACCACUAUAAAAACUAAUAGUAAAACACCUGGAUAA